UUCAUUUCGCUCGCUGGCAGCGACAGCGAGCGAUUCCUUCGCGAUCGGGAAACACGAACAGAGAGAGGGAUGGAGCACUCGGAAGGGACUUCGACAAUGGCGAGUCCUCCUUCUCCGGCGUCGUCAUCGUCAUCGUCGUGUAGCUCCUCGCAUUCCUCUCAGUUUCCUCCCCUCCCGAUCAUGGCCCUCCGCGAGACAAUCGUCGAGAAGAUCCUCGAGAAUCGCGUCACCCUCAUCGCCGGCGAAACCGGAUGCGGGAAGAGCUCUCUAGUACCUCAGUUUCUGCUAGAGAGAAACAUCUAUCCUGUAAUAUGUGCCCAACCUUGCAGAUUUGCAGCAGUGGCCAUGGCUAAAAUGGUUGCAAAAGCCCGUAAUUGUGAGUUGGGAGAGGAAGUUGGAUAUCAUGUUGGUCAUUUAAAGAAUAUAUCAUCCAGCUCAAAAAUUGCUUUCAAAACUGUGGGAGUUUUGUUAGAUGAAAUACGCGAGAAGGGUCUAAAUGCACUUGAUUACAAGGCUAUCAUACUAGAUGAAGUGCAUGAAAGAUCUGUAGAGUCUGAUCUCCUUCUUAUCUGUGUGAAGCAGUUUCUUCUAGAGAACAACAACCUCAGGGUGGUAUUGAUGUCUGCAACAGCCGAUAUUGCAAAAUACAGGGACUACUUUGGAGAUAUAUCUGGGGAUGAAAGAGUAGAGGUGGUUUCCAUUCCUAACUCUAACCAGCAAACCAUUUAUCAAAGAAGAGUUUUAUAUCUCGAGCAGGUAACCAAAUUGCUUGGAAUGAGUUCAGACUCAGAGUCAUUGUCAGUGAAAUAUUGCAAUGGGGAAAGCCCUUCAACAGCCAAGGCAGAUAUUGAACCUGAAGUCCACAGACUCAUUCAUGAUCUGAUAAUGCAUAUACAUGAAAACGAGCCAGACAUUGAGAAAAGCAUAUUAAUUUUUCUGCCAUCAUACCGUUCACGGGUGCAGCAGUGGCGUCUUUUGAAGUCCUUAAGUUCAUUGUUCAAAGUCAUUUUGCAUAACAGUAUAGACACAGAACAAGCUUUGUUGGAUAUGAAGAUCUGGAAGUCCCGCCGUAAGGUAAUAUUAGCUGUACAAAGUGCCGAGUCAUCAGUGACAAUUCCGGAAGUAGCAUUUAUAAUCGAUUCGUGUCGAUCAUUACAAGUUUACUGGGAUGGUAGUAGGAAAUGUGAAUUCUUGGGGCUUAUGUGGGUAUCCAAAUCUCAGGCUGAGCAACGAAGAGGAAGAACCGGUCGGACCUGUGAUGGAGAGAUUUAUAGAUUGGUAACCCAAUCAUUUUUCAGUGAUCUAGAGGAUUACGAGUGUCCAUCUAUACUGAGAUUGCCACUGCAACAGCACAUACUUCUAAUCUGUUGUGCCGAACAAGAGGCCAUUAAUGAUCCCAAAGUGUUGUUGCAGAAGGCUUUAGACCCUCCUGAUCCUGAUGCUGUUCAGGUUGCAUUAGAUUUGCUAGUUCAUAUUGGUGCACUCCAGACAUCCCAUAGAGGGAGGCUUGAGCCAACAUUCUAUGGACGUCUGCUUGUCAGUUUCUCUCUGUCUUUUGAUGCAUCUCUGCUCAUAAUUAAGUUUGGGGAGGUUGGAUUGCUGCAUGAGGGCAUUCUUCUUGGUGUAUUGCUGGAUACGCAACCUCUACCCAUCAUCCAUUUUUUUGGGGAGGAUGAUUUGUUCGCAAAGGACACUGGCAGCUACUUUAGCAGGGAUACUAACAAACCCCCAAUUGGUCCUCUAAAGGAAGUGAUCUUAAUGGCGAACUUGUGUGCCUUUAUGUUUUGGCAGCGCAUUUUCAAGGACAAGUAUCGCACCAAGCAUUUAAAUCAAGUCCUACAAUUUGAUGACAUAAAAGCUACGGAGAAGACGGUGCUGGAGGCUGAAGAAGAAUGGUGCUUCUUUCAUAAUCUCGCGCGGCCAUCACUUAAUCAUGUUGCUGAAAAAUAUGAAGACGUCCUGAGUUCAUUGCAUCGAUUUCGGCCCAACUUCCUUGGUAAAUCUGAUGGUUUUCCUUCUUAUUACUGUCCGCGUGACUUCCGGCACAAAUGCCUUCUUGAGUGUCCGCCAAAUGAAGAUGAAGAACUUAAUAUAUCUGUCGACACAAGGGAAUGUGUUGCUAGGCCAUUUGUUGCCCCAAAUGACUUCAAGACAAAAAAUGUGGCUGACAAAUUGACAGCUGUUGUGAAAGAGCCCGAGAGUUCCUCUGAGAGUCGUUUCUCUGUUAACAAAUGGGGUAAAUUAUGUAGAUAUUUUCUAGAAGGAUCUUGCAACAGGGGCAGCAAUUGCUCGUUUUCCCAUUCAUUCCAAGCAAAAAAACCUACGUGCAAAUUCUUCACUUCUUUAAAGGGUUGUCGAAACGGUGAUUCAUGUUCCUUCUCUCAUGAUCUGGGCACGUCAUUUUCAUCAGUCACUAAGCCAAGUUCAUGCAUCCCAGAAAAUGGUGAUGCUGACCCAGCACUACUUAUUCGGUUAUUUCCUUAUGCUGAUGAUGGGAAUAUUCUUAUCUUGGAUGACACCAACUUCCAUUUUACCUCCAAAAUUGCCCGGAUUUAUGAUCCCUUGAGAAUGGUUGCCACCACACGUCUUCUGGAAUCCUCCAUGUUGGACCCGUCAUUGACUGAUGUCAAGAUUAUGUGGGGACUCCAUCACCCAUACCAAACCAUCAUAGGGAAAUCUGCAGAGAGUCAAUUUCUGUGGAAGUCAGUGAAAUGCGUCUUGUGGUUUCCUGAUUUUGAAAUUUGCGGAUAUGGAGAAAAUUUGGAGGGACAGAAAAGUUUCAUGAAAAAUUUCUUCAAGUAUCUGGCAAUUCGGCUACUUGCUGACGCUUUAUGUGAAGUGCCGGUCAUUCUUACCAUGAAUAACCUUAGGUUCUCAAAACUGCAGGUGGAGAAGCUGGGAAGGAGCAGCUUCUUCUUCCUUACCGAGUCAUUUCCUUUCGCCGAGCAGAGCUUCGGGGAAUUGGCGGAUGUUAUGCCCACCCAGAAACUGAUGGAGGUCUCCAAGCCCAUCUCGUAUGUUUUUCGCAUGUACCCUCCUGCAGACAUCGAGUCUGAUGAUUUCCAAGCCAACAUUCGAAAAUGUCUGCAUGAUGUUCAGUGACUUUCGGUGGCGUAGGGAAUCAAAAGGUCCUUAAUUGGUCAUAACUCAUAAGUAGCUCCGAGAAUUCCUCCUUUUGUGAGGUUCUUCAGCGAAUGCGCUUAGGUUUUGCCAUGUUACGUCAGACAGAUGACAGGAUGUUCACUGUAUUGUGUGUAGUUCAACUAUCGACGAUCCUUGCCCAUUGCAGCAUUGCUUCUUUGCAAUGUAGUUUUGUUCAAAAUACUCGAGUAACGCAAACACGACGAGGUCAUCUAGGCCUUUGGAA